AUGAAUGAUGUAUCUCUGUAUCUAUAUUACUAUACUACUACUACUACUACUACUACUACUACUACUACUACUACUACUACUACUACUACUACUACUACUACUACUACUACUACUACUACUACUACUACUACUACUACUACUACUACUACUACUACUACUACUACUACUACUACUACUACUACUACUACUACUACUACUACUACUACUACUACUACUACUACUACUACUACUACUACUACUACUACUACUACUACUACUACUACUACUACUACUACUACUACUACUACUACUACUACUACUACUACUACUACUACUACUACUACUACUACUACUACUACUACUACUACUACUACUACUACUACUACUACUACUACUACUACUACUACUACUACUACUACUACUACUACUACUACUUAG